AUGGAGGCCAAGAGGCCCAGAGGUUCAAGCAGUUUCAGUGGUGCUCCGUCUAGGGGCCAGUUCCAGCGUGGUAGAGGUCGUUCCUACAGACCUCCUCAGCCGGCCUGUCCAGAGUAUAGUAGGACAUCUUCAGACCGUGGUCAUCAGGGAUUUCAGCAGGGCCAGUCUUUACUUAACUCUCUCGCAGCUCAGAGCUCAUCUUAUGCCCCUUCAGUUCAGGGUUCAUCUGCGCCGAGUGCAUCGGCUGGUCAUUCAGGUGUGGGGGGUUCCCUCCAGUUCCAUUCUCCAAUACAUGGUAGUUGCUACGAGUGCGGAGAGUUUGGUCAUAUAAAGAGGCAGUGUCCUCGACUUCGUGGUGGUCAGUUUCAGCAGAGGGGCCAACCUUCGUCUUCUGCUCCAGUUUCUUCAACACCCACCCAGUCAGCUAGGGUGGAG